AUGCAGCAAGAGGUGAAGGCUCUAGAGGAUAACAAAACUUGGGAUAUAGUGACUCUACGUGCUGGGAAGUCUACUACUGGAUCUACGUGGGUAUACAAGAUCAAAUAUAAGUCAAAUAGAGAAGUGAAAAGAUUUAAGGCAAGACUUGUAGUAAAGGGAUACAAUCAACAUGAAGGUUUAGACUACCAUGAGACAUUCUCUCCAGCUGCCAAAAUGGUGACUGUGAGAUCUGUCAUAGCUGUUGCAGCCUCCAAAGAUUGGAAACUUUAUCAAAUAGAUGUAUUUAAUACAUUUUUUCAGGGAGAUCUAUAUGAAGAAGUGUACAUGGACUUGUCACAAGGCUUUCAAAAGCAGGGGAGAAAAAGAAAAUACACCUUGGAGUUUAUUUCAGAGUUAGGACUGAGUGGAGGAAAGCAUGCAGUCACACCAUUGGAGAUCAAUCAGAAGUUAACUUUAGUGGAGUAUGAUAAAGGAGCUGGAGUGGAAGGAGAUGAUCCUAUGGUUGACAUUACAGGAUAUCAAAAGCUCAUAGGAAAGCUUUUAUAUCUGACAGUCACUCGACCGGAUAUAAGCUAUGCAGUACAGAAUCUUAGUCAAUUCAUGCAGGCUCCAAAGAAAUCUCACAUGGAUGCAGUUAUUAGAGUGGUUGGAUAUCUGAAGGCAACACUUGACUGGGCUACCUGUCUUGUUACUAGGAGGUCAGCGAGUGGAUAUGUAGUGAAGUUUGGGAACUCUUUGGUUCCAUGGAAAUCAAAGAAACAUCAUACAAUAUCUAGAAGCAGUGCAGAAGCAGAAUACAGAAGCAUGGCUUCUGCAGUUGCUGAGAUUUUUUAG